AUGAAUCCUCAGCGAGGAAUUCUUUUUGCCUGUCUUCUCGUCGUUGUGACCAAUCGUGGAGCUACUGCUCAACAUGCAAGACCGCCAGUAGGAGUAACAGGAGAUGUCACGGGAGCUCGCAUAGACCCUCCGUCAGACAAAUGUGAAAACCCUUCCGUCAACAUCGCAACUACGGAGGCCCCAAAAAUCGUCACAACAGCGGAGCCAGCAGCCAACUCAACCAAGCCAGCCCAGCCCAACUCAGCCACCGGUCCAGUUGUUCUCCUCACCAUUGUGGCAGUUACUAUGAACUAG